CCAUGAACGAGGCUGCCCCUAGUUUUCAUAUUUGAGAGCUUUUUGCGGUUCUCGUCCCCAUCUCCUUGGGAAGUUGAAGAAAAUGCAGAUUCUUCAAAGGCUUGUAUUUGGGUUUAUUGUAACAAUUGCCCUUACAACUCUUGUCCAAGCUCAAAAUCAACAAGGAUUCAUUAGUUUGGAUUGCGGGUUGUCUCCAAACGGUUCUCCUUAUACCGAACCCAUAACCGGUUUAAUAUUCACAUCCGACGAGGGUUUCGUCCAAACCGGAAAAAGCGGUAGAAUCCAGGCAGUGUUCGACCCAAACUUCAUAAAAUCGUACUUGACGCUUAGAUACUUCCCCGAUGGAACGCGAAACUGCUACAACAUGAGCGUAACACAGGGCGUGAAAUAUCUCAUCAAGGCAACGUUUGUGUACGGAAACUACGACGGCCAAAACAAUUACCCUAAUUUCGAUCUAUACAUUGGUCCGAAUAUAUGGACGACGGUAGAUUUUAACGGACGAGCAAAUGGUACGGUCAAGGAGAUCAUUCACGUGCCGAGUUCGAACACUUUGGAGGUGUGUCUUGUUAAGACAGGAACAACGGAUCCGAUGAUAUCAGCCUUAGAGCUUCGGCCGUUGAGAAAUGGUACUUAUGUUACCGAGAGCGGCUCUCUCAAGAACUUGUUUCGAGUGUAUUUCAGCAAUUCGGGUCAGAGUAUAAGGUAUCCUGACGAUGUCUACGAUCGUAGAUGGUAUUCAUUUUUCCAACCAGAGUGGACGCAGAUAACAACUUCUCUCACCGUAAACUCUUCCAACAUAUACAACGUACCAGAAACAGCUAUGGCCACGGCCGCAACACCCACGAACGCCACCUCGCCACUGACCCUUACGUGGGCCCUACAGCCUGUAACGGCGCUGUUUUACAUGUACAUUCACUUUGCGGAGAUUCAGAAUCUACGCGCAAACGACUCUAGGGCUUUCAACGUCUUGCUCAAUGGAAACAACACUUUCGGACCGUACAGCCCUAAGAUGUUGAAGAUAGAAACGUUGUUGGAUAAUAUACCAGAGAAAUGCGAUGGAGGGCAAUGCAUUUGGCAGCUUGUUAAGUCCUCGAACUCGACUCUUCCGCCUCUUGUUAACGCUGUGGAGGCUUUCACCGUGAUAGAGUUUCCCCUGUCAGGAACAGACCAAGAUGAUGUGGUUGCUAUCAAGAAUGUGAAAGAUGCUUACGAGUUGAGUAGAAUUAGCUGGCAAGGAGAUCCGUGCGUCCCUAAGCAAUUUGCAUGGGAAGGUCUGAACUGUAGCUACGUCGAUAAUUCGACCGCACCAAGAAUCAUUUCCUUGAACUUGUCUUCAAGUCUAUUGACGGGGACCAUAGACUCUAGCAUUCAGAAUCUGACCCAGCUACAAAUACUAGACUUGUCGAAUAACACUUUGUCGGGAGAAGUUCCCGAGUUUCUAGCUGAAAUGAAAUCGCUAUCGGUCAUAAACUUAAGCGGGAACAACCUUAGCGGUUCAGUCCCUCAAGCCCUACUAGAUAAACAGAGCGAAGGGCUAGUGCUAAAACUCCAAGGGAAUCCACAGCUUCUCUGCCAGUCUAUUCCAUGUGAUAAUCUCGGCGGAAACGGUAGACAUCACAAAAAUAAUGUCGUAGUACCGGCUGUGGCGUCAGUUGCUUCCGUUGCCGUUCUCGCUGCUGCAUUUUCUCUAUUUUUCAUUUUCAGGAAGAAAAAGCAAACUAGUUCAAGUGCUCGAGUUCCCUCGCUGUAUACAACGACACCAGAUGGUAUAUCGCCCCAUUCAUCUCAACCAUCGUUCGUACCGAAAAAUAGAAGGUUUACUUAUAUAGAGGUUCAAGCAAUGACGAACAACUUCCAAAGAAUUCUCGGGAAAGGCGGGUUUGGAAUCGUCUACCAUGGACAUGUGAAUGGUGGUACCGAACAAGUUGCCGUUAAAAUUCUCUCUCAGUCGUCAGCUCAAGGGUACAAACAGUUCAAAGCCGAGGUCGAACUUCUUCUGAGAGUUCACCAUAAGAAUUUGGUUACUCUUGUUGGAUAUUGCGAUGAAGGUGAUAACUUGGCUCUCAUAUAUGAAUACAUGGCAAAUGGGGACUUGAAAGAGCAUCUCUCAGGAAAACGUGGUGGCUCGGUUCUGAGUUGGGGAACUAGACUGAAAAUAGUUGCAGAGGCUGCACAAGGGUUGGAGUACUUGCACAACGGAUGCAAACCGCCAAUAGUUCAUAGAGAUGUUAAAACUACGAACAUAUUGCUGAAUGAGCACUUGCAAGCCAAACUGGCAGAUUUCGGACUUUCUAGAUCCUUCCCGACCGAAGGCCAAACUCAUGUUUCAACAGUUGUUGCAGGAACUCCGGGAUAUCUCGAUCCCGAAUAUUACCACACAAACUGGUUGAGUGAGAAAAGCGACGUGUACAGUUUCGGGAUUGUACUAUUGGAGAUCAUCACGAACACACGAGUGAUCGAUCAAACUCGUGAAAAGCCUCACAUAGCGGAAUGGGUGGGGUUAAUGCUUACAAGAGGAGACAUCAAUAACAUUAUGGAUGCAAAACUAUACGGAGAUUACGACAAGAACUCUGUUUGGAAAGUGGUUGAAGUUGCAAUGUCGUGUGUGAAUCCUUCUUCAUCGAGAAGACCGAACAUGUCUCAAGUUGUGAUCGAACUAAACCAGUGUUUGGCGUCGGAGAACUCGAGGGUCGGGACAAGCCGAGACAUGGACUCGAAGGGUUCCAUUGAAGAGAACAUGACUUAUGCUACUGAGUUAGGUCCUAAGGCUCGAUAGUAAUACGCACGUCACGGAUAUAAACCUAAGAUUUGCUUGUUGUUUUGUCAUCUCCUUGUUUUUUUUCCUAUUUCCAGAAUGCAUGUGAAAAUUUGGUGUCAUCAAAUAUUUGUGAUUAUGAUUGUCAUUAAGAUUGA